GUUGGGUGGCAAAAGAAUAGUGGAGGCGGUUGGUGGGGUUUAGUUAAGUAAAACCCUUAUUUCCGGCGUCGCACUCUCUCUCUUUCUUUCUGUAAGUGAAGAGAGAGAAAGGGGUUUUGGGGGGUAGAGAGAGAGAGAGAGAAAGAAUGGGAGCUCUUGCUACAUUAUCUUCUUCUUCUCCUUGGACUUCCGAGGAUGAUCUUUUGCUCAAAACCAACGUUGAGGUUGAGAAUGGAGCUUCCUUGGAAGCAAUUGCAAAAGGCGCAGUGCAGUUUUCUCGAAAGUAUAGUUUUGAGGAAAUACAAGAAAGAUGGCACAAGAUACUCUAUGACCCUAUCGUAUCUAAGGAUGCCUCUUCCUCUAUAAGAGAUUUCGAGCAUUCUGUUUCGCCUCUCCCAUCAAAGUUCUUCAAGAUUGAACAUUUGAAAGAUGAGCAGAAAGAUGUUUCUGUUAAGAGAAAAGUUCACACUGUUCGAAAUUCUUAUUAUGCCAUGCGUAAAAGAAUCCGCAGAGAUAUGCAAACUUCCAUGGACUACAAUUUUCUAGUUGAUUCAGAAAAUGACAAUUAUGCGGUAAAUGGAAAUGAGCCUUUGCCUGAAAACUGUGUACUUGAGGGUUCAACUUCGAAUGACUUUUCAAAUCAUGAUCCGUCGCACUACGGUCUUCCAGAAAAUUUUAUGGAUGUUGAUAUUGGAGUUGCUGCUCAAGCGUUUUACACUGGAGUUGAUGAUACACUUGAAGAGAAUUUUCCCAUGGACCAAAACAAUAUAUCUGAGGAGGAACCUCAAAUUCAUGAAGAUAAUGUGCUUCUGAAUGGAACUGCCGAGGAAUUUGGCGAUUCAAUAGAACUAGAUAUAGAAAAAUUUAUUGGAGAUGAUGAACUAGAUGAUAUGUCUUUUUCCGCAUUUCACCAAAUCAACAAUGACCCUGCAAAUUUGUGCUCCGAGUUUGAUGAAGAUUAUAUGUUUGAUUCACCUGAGUUAGAGUGUGGGAAUUCAUUUGACGAUUUAGAGUUAUCACUUCCUGACAUUCAGGACAUGCCGGUUUGGAGAACAGAAGAACAGGAUAAUAUUCCAUGUGAUGGUUCAAAAGAUUCCAUUGCUUGCGAGGAUGGUUAUCUGGAAGAACUGUCCAAUUCACUCUUAAACUUCACUGGUGAGGAAGAGCUAUUUCUGAUGGAUUCUGUUGGAAAAGAUGGGAUUGGUAAAUCUUAUUAUGACGGUCUGAGUUCGCUUUUACUAAACUCUCCAAUUGAUGGUUGUUCAAAUCAGAUACCUGAAACGGCUGAAGUAGAGUUAUUAUUGACCCCACACGAAGAUGUUAAAAAUCCGUCUGUUUCAUGUCGCACAGAAGUAGACGACAAUGCAGGAAAGGCCGAAACAGAGCUGUUAGCGGCCUUUGAUGCACAUGUUAAAGGUAUGUCAGUUUCAUGUCGUGCAGAAGUAGAUGACAACACAAUGUCACAAUCUAAUGGCAUGGAAGUAGUUCAAAAACCAGAGUUCCAAAUGGCAGCUUCCGCUUCAGCUAAAGACCCUCAAUUUCCUGAACUAAUUAAUGGAGUUGUUCCCUGUAUAAUAAAUACUGAGGACCCAGAAGUUCCAUCCAAUGAUGAUGUUUUCCUACCCUUUAAUGAGCCUCCCCCAACAAUUUCCUGUUCAUCCGAAUCAGCUAGCAGGAGAGGUAAAGUUUUGAUGCAGGUUGAACAAAAAAGCUCCGUAGGAGCUCAGGUUUCUUCUCAGACAACAGGAGCCCAUUGCCUUCCAGGACCUGUUUCUGGUUCUAAGAUAAAAUAUGAGUUGUCUAAUAAUCAUGCAUCACACAGACUGUCUAGAAAUGCAAUUAUUGCUUCCAGUGACCUAGGUGGAAACAAUGAUGCAACAAACAAAACUCAUGCUGCUCUACAUGCAAGUCCUAAGGAAAAACCCGUCGAUGUUAGCUUCGUAAAGCAUCAAAGCAAUAAUGUGACAAAUUUGUCACAUAAGAAACCAGCCCUCGGAAAUGGCCUCAGAAAUCAUGGCCAACCUAAUGGUUCUAGCUUGAAACAGGAACGGGAUGUAGCAUUGCCAGUUGAAAAUAAUCAGUUGCAACAUGCUGAAGUGGGGUCCGCAGAUGUUCUGGGGCCUGAGAUGGUGGUUUACAGUGAAAGGUUAGACGAGGAAGAGCAAUAUAUCGAAAGUGAUGACGAAGUUCCUUAUUAUUCUGAUGUAGAGGCCAUGGUACUUGAUAUGGACUUGGAACCUGAUGAUCAUGAUUUAUAUGAUAAUGAAGAAGUAUCAAGAUAUCAACACGAAGAAACUAAGCGGGCUAUCAUAAGGCUGGAGCAGGGCGCUCAUUCUUAUAUGCAGAGAGCCAUGGCUUCACAUGGAGCAUUGGCCCUUUUAUAUGGUCGCCACUCAAAGUACUAUAUCAAGAAAACUGAGGUUUUAGUUGGACGAUCAACAGAAGGUUUUCAUGUAGAUAUUGACUUAGGCAAAGGAGGUUGUGCCAAUCUAAUAUCUAGACGUCAGGCAAUCAUAAAAAUGGAUAAAGAUGGAUCAUUCUUCAUUAAAAACAUUGGCAGGAGUUCAAUGCUGAUAAAUAGCACAGAAUUGCACACUGGUCAAUCUCAAAGACUGCUUUCCAAUUAUCUGAUUGAGUUGAAGGGCACACAAUUCAUAUUCGAGAUAAAUCAAAGUGGUAUGAAGCGGUAGCAACUGGAACGAAGUAUUGAGUACUGACAAUUUUCCGACCUUUUAGUGUGAUUGUAAAUGAUACAUAAAGGUCCGUUAACACAGAAGGUGCAUUUUGUACGCUCUUUCUGAUUUUCGAUGAGGAGUGGCCCUGCUGUUGUAUCCCGGAAAUGGACUUGCGCAACUCUAACCUCCCCACCACCACCACCCAUGUUCCUUUGCCUGCUAGAGUAGAUAAUUCUUCAACCCGAAAGUUUUGUAAUAUGGUAAAUUCAUCAAAACCAAGAUUCCAAAUCUCGUUACUAUCUUGCAUGAGAACACAGUCCUUUUGAAAC